CAAAAUAUGGUCCAUUUCUUCUCUCGCUCGCGCGCUGCCAACCCUGCUCCUACUCCAUCCUCCCAGCCCGCUCAACCCACUCAACCAUUUCCGUACAGACCACUGGAUCCCACCGUCGAUGGCACCCGGUUAGUAAUUCUGGAGCCCGCAAAGGGUUUCCAGGAUCCCGUCCGAUGUCGACUGAGGCACGUGACUUUUGGAGAGCGGCCGAAGUACGAAGCGCUGUCGUAUAUGUGGGGGGAUGCAAUGGUGAGGAAGAGCAUCUCGAUCGACGGGCAUCCGUUUGACACGACGCUAAACCUGCUGGAUGCGUUGCGAUGUUUGAGGCACAAGGAAAACGAGCGUGUACUUUGGGUCGAUGCCAUUUGUAUAAAUCAACACGACGACCGGGAGAAGAGCAGACAGAUUCGGAUCAUGCCAUAUAUCUACAUGAGGGCUAAGGUGGUCCUAGCAUGGCUUGGCCUCUUUCGACCGCCGCUGGAUCGGCGGUCAAAUUUGAGACCAGUAGAGGAUUGGCAGAUUUUCUUCUACCCCGGUGGCCGAUUUUCGGAUCAAGAGCGUGGAGCUGUCUUGCAGUUGCUGUGCAGCGCGCCGUAUUGGAACCGAUUGUGGAUUAUUCAGGAAAUUAGUGUUGCACGCAAUAUCCAGAUUUGUUAUGAAAGGCAUGCUGUAGAUUGGAAGAACUUCAUCCAAGCAGUCAGUGCAGUGAGGUGGUCCAAUGUGGAGAAUAAUAUACCAAUGAGAUUGAAAAGGGAGAUGGAGGAUAAGUAUGCUGAGGGGCAUAAAUUGCAAAACCUCAUAGAAAACCACCAACAGGCCCUUUGUAAAGAGCCGCGAGAUCAUGUAUACGGAUUUGUUGGACUGGCCUCUGAUUGUGUCGACGGCUUUCCGAUUGACUAUAGAAAGUCACUUUUCGAAGUAUGGAAAGACACAAUCAUGUUCAAGAAUUCUGAACGUGGAGGUUCUCGUCAUGAUACCAUGAAAUUUGGCAGACUCGUUCAAAAAGUGCUUGGAGGGCCGAGCAUUGCCACAGCAGACGAGAUCUAUCAAGAUCUCACACUGCGGAAGGCCCAUCCUGGCCAAGGAUCUAUCCGGCAUGGAAUGGACAGCCAUAAUCCUUAUGAGCUCCUAAUUGCUUCGCGGCUAGUCGGGUGCAUUCGUUCCUUCGGCCCAACGCAUCAUAGUAUCUUGUCGGAUCCCAAGGAGGUGGCUCGGUGGAGAGCCAGCAUCAAUCAAUACAUCCCCAGAGUCCACGUCGCUGGAGCCAUGGAGGAAAGUGAACUUUUCCUUGAGACGAUGAAAGAAAGGGGGAAUGAAGCUCUAAAGAUGAUAACCUCAUUUCAUCGUGAUAUCACUUGGAAGCCGAGCAUUCAUAUCCCGCGCACAGUGCACAACACAGGUGAAGGUCUGAUAUCAGGAAAGAAACAAGGAGUUUCAGGCAACGGCUUGCGCUCUAGCUCCUACAUUUUGAAAUCUCUUCCCACAGAGCAACAUUUAUUCUUGCUCGAAUUGUGGGGUGGUGGUCACGACUCACCAGGACGAAUAGGACUGGCACCACCAGAAGCUCGCAUUGGAGACCUCGUUCUUCAGAUCCAUGGUAUCGAACGGGCUGUGCUCGUUCGGAAUGAUAAUGGGUUGUUGAGACUUGUGGGUAUUGUUGUUCUUGCGGAGAAUCGUGAAAGGGCACGAGCUGCAAGGAGGGAGAGUGCGAAGAGACAUUUGAAGUUUGGGGCAGCAAAUUUUGCACCCGGUGGUCCUAGUACAACUAACUUGUCCCUGGAUGUAGCAAUUGCAUAUCAGUUGCUAUUAGGAUAGACUUCGAGGAAUCCAGGGGUGGUUGAGAUAGGUUCGAAGUGUGGGAACUGUAGACUUGGCAUCGUGAUCUCGAUGAUAUAAUUUUUGACAAGGAGCAUGAGGUGGUACUAGAC